AUGGAUCUUGGCGAAGACAAAUGGAUUUUCAUCUGGUCCGGCGUGGGCGGCGGAGUGAUAGUCCUGCUGGCCUUGUUCGCCGCGCUCACAGCCUACCUAUGCGCCCGCCACAACCACCGACGCCGCCCGGGCGGCGGCUCGCCCUACCUGCCCCUCUACGACGAAGAGGCCGCGAUGCCGCGCGGGCGCAAGGGCAAGGGCGAUGUGAUGUCGGCCGAGGCCUCGCUGCGAGAGUACCUGGAGGACAACGUGGCCACCCCUCCCGAGACCCAGCAACACCGCAUCAGAGAAGAGGAGGCGCUGAUGAACGCGCGGUACUAUCUGCGGUCCUCGAUGGCCGCCAUGGACACUUCGCUCCCGGGCAUAGGUCACAGGAAGCGCAAGUUUUCGUUCCUCGUUCGACAUCCACAGCGCGGGCUGCAUCUCAUGACCAUGGUACACCGAGGCAUCAAUUGCGUGCUCUCAUUCGGCAGCGACAGCGGCAAAGCCACCUUUUGCAACCUCCUCCAGUCCCUGCGACAUCCCUACGUUUGUCCCACGCUCGAUGCCGAUUUUUUAGCGGAGAAAGAGAUGGCCGUGAUCUUUCGCGCCUUCCAGCCCAAGGGCAGCCUCAAGGACCUCAUCUAUCGCGGCCUGGCGUUCUUCCAGUCGAAGGGGUUCAUGUAUGGCCAUCUCCACUCGGGCAACGUCAUCCUCGACAACAAAACGUGCCGCCUCACCGACUAUGAAAACAGUUUGCUGAAUGUGAUGCCGCGCCUACAGCCGUUCUUCCUUCUUCUGCCCGAUCGGCAGCCCGAUGUGAUCGCCUUCGCACACCUUCUCUUUGAGAUGGCGGCGGGGCGAGAGCUGACAGCACACGACCAAGUCAACGAGGACACACUCGCCUCGCAGCCGCAGGUCCUCGACAUCCUGAAGCGAAUACUGGGCCUUGCGGUCGGUCAGGAGGAGGCGCUACGAACAGUGACCGAGGUCCUUCACCAGCCCUUCUUCUUCCACGUCCAGCUUCGUCAUCACUCCUCGAAAAAGACGCGGAUCGAUUCCAAGGGGCUGGACAUGCUCAAGGCCGCGCACCGCACCUCCAUCAUCGGCAAGGACGAUUUCCUCGCCCUCGAAGGCGAACACGAGCUCGGCCGAUCCCUCCGCCGGUGCGUGUCUCUCGUCGAUACGCGGCGAGCGGAGAGGGAGGAGAAGCGGCGCGUCGUCGCCGCGAUCGCUGGCAGCCUCGACCUCGUCGACCCCGCCGCCGACCACCAGCAGCACCAGCAGCAGAACCAGCAACACGAUGGUCCGGCUGGGCAGGACGAAGAGGAAACGACGACCACGAUGACCGACACCAACAUCAAUGACGUCGACAACAGAGACAAGAAGGACGAGACGGAUCCGCCGCUGGAGCGGAUGAGUCCGCCGGCGCCCACGACCCUGUCCACGCCGCUCCCGCCGCUCUCUCCGUCAUCACCAUCAACAUCAACAACACCGAGCGCCGGCGUUUCGCCCUCGUCUCCAUAA